UGCAGUAUUAGUCUCGGCUCAUGAUAAAACAGCAUAUUUACUGACCAAUCCGCCAUCCGUUUGUGCUUCAUUCAAGAUGGCCUGUCAGGGACUGGCGAAGGGCGAAACUGUCCACAGUCUGAAAGCGGAGUCUGAGUCUUUGAAAGCCAAACUGGAGGAGGAGAGAGCCAAGCUACACGACGUCGAGCUGCAUCAGGUGGCAGAGAAGAUGGAAGCUCUGGGUCAGUUUGUCAUGAAGACCCGGCGAACUUUAAAAGGGCAUGGAAAUAAAGUGCUGUGUAUGGACUGGUGCCGGGACAAGAGAAGAAUCGUCAGCUCCUCUCAGGAUGGAAAAGUCAUUGUGUGGGAUGCAUACACAACCAAUAAGGAGCAUGCGGUCACUAUGCCCUGUACUUGGGUCAUGGCUUGCGCUUAUGCUCCCUCUGGCUGUGCUGUGGCUUGUGGUGGUUUGGAUAAUAAAUGCUCCGUCUAUCCUCUUUCUUUGGAUAAAAAUGAAAACCUGGCAUCUAAGAAGAAAUCUGUGGCCAUGCAUACCAACUAUCUAUCUUCCUGCAGCUUCACCAAAUCUGACAUGCAGAUUCUGACAUCUAGUGGUGAUGGGACAUGUGCAUUAUGGGAUGUCGAGAGUGGGCAGCUGCUGCAGAGUUUCCAUGGUCACUCGGCUGAUGUUCUCUCUCUUGACCUCGCACCUUCUGAGACGGGAAGCACCUUUGUGUCAGGGGGCUGUGAUAAGAAGGCUAAUGUGUGGGACAUGCGUUCGGGACAGAACGUUCAGUCUUUCGAGACUCAUGAUUCUGACAUCAACAGUGUGAAGUAUUACCCCAGCGGAGAUGCUUUUGCCUCUGGAUCUGAUGAUGCCACGUGUCGUCUGUAUGAUCUGCGGGCUGACCGUGAAGUGGCCAUCUACUCCAAAGAUAGCAUUAUAUUCGGUGCUUCUAGUGUGGACUUUUCCCUCAGUGGUCGUUUGCUGUUCGCAGGAUAUAAUGACUACAACAUUAACGUCUGGGAUGUCCUGAAAGGGACCAGAGUGGCAGUUCUCUUUGGUCAUGAAAAUCGCGUCAGCACUGUCAGAGUGUCUCCUGAUGGCACUGCAUUCUGCUCAGGAUCAUGGGAUAACACUUUACGGAUCUGGGCUUGAGGAGUCGUGCGAGAGGAGAUACUUUCACUUCUCAGUAUCAAAGCACACAUGGCGACCGUAGGGAAUCUUAUCGUUACAGACUUUUUUAAUAUCUUAGCACAAUUACAUGUCUCUUUCUUGGCUUCUCACCAAAAUAUAUAUACAUGAACAAUAAUAAAAUAUAAAGAAUACGAUUUAGAACAAGACAUUUUUUUAAUUAAAUACCUUUUUAGAUAUUUUUAUCAGAGUAUGUAUUUAGAAGCGUAAAGUUUAGCAUUAUUAAAUCAUAACUAUAUCAUCAUAAAGUUUGCUUGCACUAGAAUGAUGAAAAUAUAGAAAAGUGUUUCAUGUGUUUUUUAUGUGAAUUAUGAUAUAGAUUACCAAAAUCAACAAUUGAUCACAAUAAUCUGAUUGCUUAGUUUGUCCACAUCAGUAUUGUUACUAUUUUCCUGAUGAAUUACACUUGUUUACCAUUGCUUGUUGUCUAUAUACUGUAGUUUUUGAGUG